CGCCGCGAGCGGAGGGAGCGUUCGCGCGGCUUGCGGGUGGUCUAGGCGUUUACUGGGAAGCGUGCUUGUGGGGCGCGUCAGGGGGCAUUGACCUUUCCUUCGUCAUGCCAAAGAUGCCUCUCUUUGGGAAUACGUUCAGUCCGAAGAAGACUCCCCCUCGGAAGUCUGCUUCUCUGUCCAACCUGCAUAAUUUGGAUCGGUCAACCCGCGAGGUGGAGCUGGGCCUUGACUAUGGAACUCCCACUAUGAACCUGGCAGGACAAAGCCUGAAGUUUGAAAAUGGCCAUUGGGUAGCAGAGACAGGGAUUAGUAGCGGUGUGGACCAAAGGGAGGCCCAGCGCCUCCGGAGGCGGAACCAGCAGCUGGAGGAAGAGAACAAUCUCUUGCAGGUGAAGGUGGACGUCCUGCUUGACAUGUUCUCUGAGACCACUGCCGAAUUCCAAAUAAUGAAGAAGGAACUGGAAGAGCUGAAGAGUGUCAACCGGAGAAGGAAAUGAAGACCUUCAAAGACGUUCGUUAGAAUAGGAAGAACUCUACUGAUCAGAGGAGUAGAAUAUAGCAGAGGGGUUUUUGUUUUUUUAGCCAAACUAGUGGAUUAGAUCCUGGGAGAGAGUACCUGUAAUGGGGCCAAAAGGCACCGGCACCCUUGAGUUGCCAAUAGAAAGGGGACAACAUAAUGGAGGAAACCAGGAUGCACCAGGCUGGGGCAGUAAAGAGCAGGGUACUCUGGCUGCACAGCAUAGGGAGGCUGGUCUGGGAACAGGCCUCGGCAGGUCUGGAGCGAUGAUAAGACUUUGGGUGCUCUCUCAUUGGAUAGACACUCUUGGGAGAAGCAGCUGGAAUUCAUAGAGUCCCCUCACACUGGUGUUUGUGGCCUGGCCCCAGUUCUAAAGAGCCCUGUAUUAGGGGGUCUCAGAGGACCAGCUCCCCUGUCCUCUGCCCUUCAGGUCACACUAAAGAGUGCUCCUUCCCCAGAUCUACAACCUCUGGCUUCAGCUUCUCAGCAGCAAGCAUCAGUCUUCCAUGCAACACUAUAUUUUUGUGCUACUUUCUUGUUUACACUACUUUUUUAAAUUAAAUGAUGUUAUAUAAUCUCUA